AGGAAAAUAUACCAACGUCCAGAGUGUGUGCUGCCCCUCCCCCCGCUGCAACAUCUUCAUCUUAUUCUGCCUGUGUCUUCACAUGCCUAAGUCCAGAGUAACCCAAAUGGCCUUCCAGGCUCUGGGUUACAGAGGUGUUCCCUAGGAAACCAAGGAGUAGUGCUUCUGUGAGCACGUGCGCAUGGCAGAUUCUUGCUCACGCAGUGAUCUUUUUAGCUUGGCUCUACCUCUUUCAUCUCUCAUGAGCUUCUAGCCCAAGACACUUGGUCACAUCCCGGCGGGAGGAACCAGGCCCCUGGGUCAAGUGCCUGGAGUCCUGGUCUCCUGUCUAAGGAUCCAUUUUCUCUUCCCCAUCUGAUAGGAAUAUGGCUGACAUCCAGAACAUUUCGCUGGACAGCCCAGGGAGCGUAGGAGCUGUGGCAGUGCCUGUGGUCUUUGCCCUCAUCUUCCUUUUGGGCAUGGUGGGCAAUGGGCUGGUGUUGGCUGUGCUGCUGCAGCCUGGCCCAAGUGCCUGGCAGGAGCCUGGAAGUACCACAGACCUCUUCAUCCUCAACUUGGCGGUGGCCGACCUCUGCUUCAUCCUGUGCUGUGUGCCCUUCCAGGCGGCCAUCUACACGCUGGAUGCCUGGCUCUUCGGGGCCUUUGUGUGCAAGACCGUGCACCUGCUCAUCUACCUCACCAUGUACGCCAGCAGCUUCACUCUGGCGGCUGUUUCGGUAGACAGGUACCUGGCCGUGCGCCACCCGCUGCGCUCCCGGGCCCUGCGCACACCCCGCAACGCGCGCGCCGCCGUGGGGCUGGUGUGGCUGCUGGCGGCGCUCUUCUCGGCGCCCUACCUCAGCUACUACGGCACGGUGCGCUAUGGCGCGCUCGAGCUCUGCGUGCCCGCCUGGGAGGACGCGCGGCGGCGCGCGCUCGACGUGGCCACCUUCGCCGCGGGCUACCUGCUGCCGGUGGCCGUGGUGAGCCUGGCCUACGGGCGCACGCUGUGCUUCCUGUGGGCGGCCGUGGGUCCCGCGGGCGCGGCGGCGGCCGAGGCGCGCAGACGGGCGACGGGCCGCGCGGGGCGAGCCAUGCUGGCGGUGGCGGCGCUCUAUGCGCUGUGCUGGGGCCCGCACCACGCGCUCAUCCUCUGCUUCUGGUAUGGCCGCUUCGCCUUCAGCCCGGCCACCUAUGCCUGCCGCCUGGCCUCCCACUGCCUCGCCUACGCCAACUCCUGCCUCAACCCGCUCGUCUACUCGCUCGCCUCGCGCCACUUCCGCGCGCGCUUCCGCCGCCUCUGGCCCUGCGGCCGCCGCCGCCACCGCCACCACCGCGCCCAUCGCGCCCUCCGUCGUGUCCAGCCAGCGUCUUCGGGGCCCGCAGGUUACCCCGGCGACGCCAGGCCUCGCGGUUGGAGUAUGGAACCCAGAAGGGAUGCCCUGCGCGCUGGAGAGACUGGACUAGCCCUGUCUGCCCGGGGAGCGCAAUAA